AUGCGCAUACUAUUCCAAAACGAACCGGUGUACGGGAACUACGAGGAUUCGGGUGUCGCCACCAGUGCCGACGCGCAUUCGCUCGUGUUCGAUGAACCGAUCACACCGCCACCGGUCGGUGGCAACGCACCCGGCGGUACCACCCAUGCGAAGGCAAAGGGCACGCAGGAACGUGGCACACCGCUCGGAGAAUUGGAGGCACUGGCGAAGGCACUCGCGCAGGCACAAGGAGCCAACCUGGUAAAGCUGGCGCCCGGUGGUACCGAGCCUAAACCGAAGCGAAACCGAAGACGCACGAACAAACCGAACGGAGAUGAUACAACGGUCCGGGAAAAUAAACAACCAAACGGGGUGGCUGGAGAUGAGGAAGACGGCGACGGGGAAGAAGCCGACGAGGAGGAGGAGGACGAAGAGGAGGAGGAGGAAGAAGAGGAAGUAGAUCCAGAACAUGGUGAGGCGGGGGAGGAUGGGUUGGGUGGGGAGGGACAUUCGCCGACCCUGCCGCAUCUGCUGCACCACCGCCAUCACCAUCAUCUGCCGCACCAACAGCGAGCGUCCAGCCGCAUGUCCAACACCAGCACCAGCACGAUCAAGCAGCACUACUAUCCGGAGGGUGGCUGGGGCUGGAUCAUCGUGCUAGUCGGCGUACUGAUCCACAUCUUGACGCACGGUCUCCAAACGGCGGUCGGGGUGCUUAUUCUCGCGGCCGGACGCGCCUAUCGCAUCGAGUCAAUCAUCUUCACAGGAUGGUUGGGCGCACUGUCGACAGCGGUAGCACUCUUCAUAUCACCCAUCACGAUCGCGGUAUGCAAACGCAAAUCAACGCGACUCACCGCCGUCAUCGGUGGGCUGGUGACCGCACUAGGGUGUCUCUUCACCUCCUUCGCUUCUCAGUUUCACCAGCUGUUCUUCAGCUACGGUGCCGUCGUGGGAGUCGGUGUCGGAAUGACUCGCGACUGCUCCACCCUGAUGGUCGCCCAGUACUUCAAGAAGCGGCGCGAAUUCGUCGAGAUAUUCAUCGUGUCCGGCAGUGGGCUCGGUAUUGCCGUCAUGUCGAGCUUCAUCAAGUCGGCGAUCGAUGCGAUCGGUUGGCGGCUGGGAUUGCAGGCCGUCACCGGUACCGUGUUCAUCACGUUCAUCCUCGGCACCUGCUACCGUUCCGCAUCGCUCUAUCACCCGCAGCGGCGCGCGAUCUUACACCUGAAGAACCAGAAGCGUAAGAUAAAGGACAAGAACAAGCACGACGAUCGACCACCGUUCUUUGACUUUAGCACACUGCGCAGCAAAACCGUACGCAUACUACUCGCAUCGACCGGCAUUGGAGCGUUCGGUAUCAACACACCGAUCUUCUACCUGGCACACGAAGUGCAGAAAGAUGGCAUCGGCGAUAAGGUGAUGAUCCUACAGAUCUACCUCGGACUGGCCUGGACACUCGGGUGUACCGCCUUCGGGUUGCUGGUCGUCCGGAACAGCGUCGAAUGUCGCAUCGCACGCCAAUACCUCUGCCAAACCGCCAUCUUCAUGUGUGGCGUUUGCAUACUCGCACUCACCGCUGUGCACGGUAACUACCAUGGGUACGUGAUGUUCGUCUGGAUAUACGGUAUCUUCUGCGGCGGUUACCACUACUCACUCAAGAUGUACACCUACGAGAAGGUACGAGCACGCAACUUUGCCCGUGCCUGGGGUUUCGUCCAGUUUGCCCAGGCAAUACCGAUCGCACUUGGCGUACCCAUCUCCGGCUACAUGAACGACAGCGGAUCCGGCACCGCCGGCUACUACUUCAGCUCGGGCUGUGCCAUCGUCGGCAGUGUGCUAAUGUUUCUGAUCGAUUUGCACCGGCGUUCUGUGUCGCGCCACAAACACACAAGGGCGAACGGUACACGCCACUUGUGCGUCUCGGAAACCUGUCCCCAGCGCCGAAAACUCUCCUUCUCGCAAGAGCCAGACAACGAACCGGGCAUUAUCACCGGCAACACGGCGAUGAUGAUCGGUCCAGAGCUGCUCAUACCGCCGCUCAGCGACGGUAUCGUAGAGCCGAUCAACGGACUAGACAAGCCAGAGCUCACCUGCAUCUCCGAGGAGGGUAUCGCCGACAUGGAUCUGCCAGAUAACUUGCUGGAUGAUCUGGACUACGUCGGUGAUUGCAUUACCUCGUGCAACAAGGUGGAAAACUAUCUCAUGCUGAGCGAGUUCGAGAACAACCUCAGUGCCGAAGUUCCUAUCCUGCUGGACAAGCGGGGCCGCCGGUUAUCCCUCUCCAAGACGAAGGCACUGCUCGGUGGCCAUCUCGGAACGGGUGCCGGUGGUGCAUUGUUGGCAACCGGUACCCAGCACCAUCCCGAGUGUCCCAUCGAACACUCGCUCGGUCAGGCAGCCCUAGCGACGGCCCAUCCCGGUGACGCGAACGGUCUCGCCCUGUUGCAUCCCCACCAGCCACACCACAAUCAGCAUCAUCAUCCUCAUCAUCACCAUCACCACCAUCAUCCCCAUCACCUGCAUCAUCAGCAGCCGCAACCGGUGAACGGUGAUCUCGGGAAGAACGUCUCCCCGCUGGUCACGAAAUCGGACUCUGCUCCACAGAACACGAUCGGUGGUGGAGGAACCGGCGGAGGAAGGGGCGGUGGCGAAAGUGGUAAGCAGCCGGCUGGCAAUGGGAGUGGAAGCAGCAGCAGCAGCAGUGGUGGUGGUGGUAGUAGUACCGUCACCUCCAACACUCUCCAGCCUCAGCAGCACUGCAGACUGAACAGCAAAUGGCGCCCGAGCCAACAGGUCGGGUUUCUCAACAACCGCGUUAUAUCUGUGAUCGAUGAAGCCUCAGUUUAG